AUGGCGGCUUUGGCACUUUCAUGUCCCUCUAACUCCUUGUACAGAUCUUCCUUCUCCCCAAUCGCUACUAAAUCAACAGUAGUCGCUGUUCCUCGACUCAGGGUCUCGGCCUCCGCCGCCGCCGCCGCCGCUCCGGCGAUGACAACGAUGUACGACCUUCUCUCGGUGUCCCGGACCGCCGGGCCCAGCGAAAUCCGCAAGGCGUACAGACGGGUGGCCCUUCGGUGGCACCCGGACGCGUGCCGCUCCGCCGGGGAGGAGCGCCGCUACGCGGAGCGCUUCAUGGAGGCGCGGGAGGCCUACGAGGUGCUCUCCGACCCCGUCCGCCGCCGCGACUACGACCUGGCCCUCUCCGGGGGCCGCUGGGCCUCUGCCGUCGGCGCCGCCCCUAUGGAAGAAAACCUCUUCUCUUGCCACCGGCUCUAG